UCCUCCCCCAUUCGCAAACCCUUUUGUUUUUCUCUUCUCCCACAAAACCCAGAGGAAGGAAAGAGAGAGAGAGAUUUAGAGAUGGAGGUGGAGUUCGAAGCGAGAGUGAAGCCUCUCGACUACAAGGUCAAGGCAAUGUCACGUGAGUCCCCGUCUCAGAAGGCCGCUCACGUGCUCGACGCCGACCUCCGCUCUCACUGGUCCACCGCCACCAACACCAAGGAGUGGAUCCUCCUCGAACUCAACGAACCUUGCUUGCUAUCUCACAUCAGAAUCUACAACAAGUCUGUCCUCGAGUGGGAAAUCUCCCUCGGAUUGCGCUACAAGCCAGAGACGUUUGUCAAGGCUCGGGCACGCUGUGAGGCGCCGCGGCGGGAUAUGGUGUAUCCAACGAACUACACGCCGUGCCGCUAUGUCCGGAUAUCGUGUUUGAGGGGGAAUCCCAUUGCCAUUUUCUUCAUACAGCUUAUUGGGGUUUCAGUGACCGGACUGGAACCAGAAUUUCAACCAGUUGUUAAUCACUUGUUACCAUCUAUUAUAUCUCACAAACAAGACGCUCAAGAUAUGCACCUUCAGUUGCUUAAAGACAUGGCAAGUCGGUUGCUUGUGUUUCUUCCUCAACUUGAGGCAGAUCUUAGCAGUUUCUCGGAUGCUGCUGAACAAAACUUACGAUUUCUUGCUAUGCUUGCCGGCCCAUUUUAUCCAAUACUUGAUCUUGGGAAAGAAAGGUCAAUUACAAAGUCUUCAGGCAAUAUCUCAGACUCUGAAGUUUCUAAAAGUAGCCAGGCAUCAUCAUCCUUGACCGUGUCUUCUAACUUUGAGCCACGGAGAUCACGCAGCGCAGCACAUUUUGUUCUGACCACAUCAAGUUCUAUAGUAUUUCGUGCAGAUGCAAUCUUUAUGUUGUUGAGAAAGGCCUAUAAAGAUUCCGAUCUGGGAAUUGUUUGCAGAAAGGCUUCUAGGAUUUUGCAUAGGCUUAUAGAACCUGUUACAGUACAUGAAGUAUUAGCAUCUCCUGAUGAAGUGACAUCUGGAGAUGAGGUAACAAAAUCAGAAAUAACAAAUCCAGCUCCUUUAGUUGAUUACUCAAACUUGUUUGGGGAAGAGUUCAAGUUGCUUGAUGAUCACUGGGAUUCAAGCUACCUUAACAUCUUGGAUAUAGGAGCAGUGGAGGAAGGAAUUUUACAUGUUCUCUAUGCUUGUGCUUCACAGCCACUUCUCUGCAGAAAAUUAGCAGAUAGGACUUCUGACUUUUGGUCUGCAUUGCCUCUAAUUCAAUCAUUGCUACCAGCACUUCGUCCCUUGUCAACCCGUCCUGAUAUUGUUGAUGACAGCUUCAGUCAAUGGAGACAACCAAUUGUGCAGCAAGCCCUAUCUCAGAUUGUAGCAACAUCAUCUUCGUUAUUGUACCUUCCACUCCUUCAUUCAUGUGCUGGCUAUUUAUCAUCAUUUUCUCCUUCACAUGCUAAGGCGGCAUGUGUAUUGAUUGAUCUGUGUUGCAGUGCGCUAGCACCCUGGCUUACUCAAGUGAUUGCAAGGGUAGAUCUGGCGGUAGAGCUUCUGGAGGACCUCUUAGGUGUAAUUCAGGGUGCUAAACAUUACCUGCCUCGUGCUCGUGCUGCAAUAAAAUACAUCAUUCUGGCUAUCUCUGGUCAUAUGGAUGAUAUCUUGGGAAAGUACAAGGAAGUUAAGCACAGGAUACUGUUUCUUAUAGAGAUGCUAGAGCCAUUUCUUGAUCCCGCUGUAGGCAGAUUCAAGGGUAAAAUAGCCUUUGGUGACCUAUCUUCUCAAUAUCCGGAAAAGCAGGAAUGGAAUUGUGCUGUUGCUAUUAAUGUGAUCCAUACAGCAGUGCAGAAACCAGCAGUUCUUUUUUCACUGGAAUCUGAAUGGAGGCAUGGAUCGGUUGCUCCCAGUGUACUACUUUCGAUAAUAGAACCUGACAUGCAGCUACCUCCUGAAAUUGACCUUUGCAUAUCUCCCGUCUCCAGACUGCCUCAACUUGAACCUUCAACUGGCUUGUCAUCUUCUGCCACUUCUCACCAUGGGAUGGUUUCUUCAAAGUCAAACAGUCAGGAUGAAUCUGAUGGUAAAACAGAUGAAACAUCUAUAAAAACGGACAUUUUAGAAGAUGCCAGUCUUCUGUUUGCUCCUCCAGAAUUGCACGAUAUAGUUCUCACAAAUAAAUGUAGCAGUCCAAAUGAGUAUAAUUCUGUCGCUAACCUUGGAGAUGUUGACUCUGAACAAAAAUAUGGGGUUGGGAAAAGUUUUCCGUAUCAGUUUCCUAGUGACUUCAAACUAGAUUCUGGUUUUUCUGUGGAAUUUUUCAACUUGCAAGCAGAUUAUUUCCAACUUAUAAGUUAUCAAGACUGUGAGCUCAGAGCUUCUGAAUUUCGGCGUUUGGCCUUAGAUUUACAUUCACAGAAUGAGAUCACUGUUGAGAGUCAUGAUGCUGCUAUUGAUGCUUUGCUCUUGGCUGCAGAGUGUUAUGUAAAUCCAUUUUUUAUGAUGUCUUUCAGAGGCAGCCGAAAGUUGAUGAACGAUAGAAACACCAGUAGGGUUCCACUGAAUCUUGGAAGUUUGGAGAUGGAACUGGUCUCUGGAAAGUCUAAGAGUGAACUUGAAACAAUAGCCGUUCUAGAAAGGAAAAGAGACAAAGUUGUUCUUCAAACUCUGCUUGAGGCUGCAGAGUUGGAUAAGAAGUACCAAGAGAAGAUUUCAGAUGGAAAUUGCAGUCCAUACAACACUGUAGGAUGUGAUGAAGAAGUGAUUAAGUUGUCUCCCUUUGAUGUACAAUCUGCAGAUGCCAUCACCUUGGUUCGGCAAAAUCAAGCUUUGUUGUGUAGCUUUCUGGUUCAAAGAUUGCAAAGGGAGCAACACUUGAUGCACGAAAUUCUUAUGCAGUGUUUGAUAUUUUUGUUGAACUCUGCUACUAAGCUAUACUGUGUUCCAGAACAUGUGAUUGACAUUGCAUUAGGAUCUGCUGAGUAUUUAAAUGGAACGCUAACAUCCCUUUAUAAUCAGUUUAAAGAGAGCAGUGUGCACCUGGAGCCAGAGACAGUGCAUGGUAUACAACGUCGGUGGAUACUGCUUCAAAGACUUGUAAUAUCUGCAAGCUCUGGUGAUGAGGGAAUGGAGUUUGCAAUCAAUAAAAACGGUUUCAGUUAUGGAAAUUUGAUUCCUUCUUCAGCCUGGAUGCAGAGAAUAGCAACAUUUUCCAGAUCAACAUCCCCUCUUGUUCGGUUUCUUGGUUGGAUGGCAGUAUCUCGUAAUGCAAGACAAUAUAUUAAGGACAGACUUCUUCUUGCUUUGGAUCUGCCACAGCUGACAUGCCUUUUAUCUAUAUUUGCAGAUGAGCUCUCUAUUGUAGACAAUGUUGUCAAUAGAAAAUUUGAAGAUUUGGGGGCUAGAACUGUUGCUGAUCAGGACCAAUCUUUUCGUGCCAUUUACCCUGAUCUCUACAAGUUCUUUCCUAACAUGAAAAAGCAAUUUGAAGCUUUUGGAGAAACCAUUUUAGAGGCUGUUGGGUUGCAAUUGAGGUUCAUUUCUUCCAGUAUGGUCCCUGACAUAUUGUGUUGGUUUUCUGAAUUGUGUACCUGGCCAUUUCUAUGUACAGAGCAGAUUUCAGCUGGAAAUAGUUCAAAUCAUUUGAAAGGUUAUGCUUCAAAGAAUGCGAAAGUAAUCAUCCUUGAUUUACUAGAGGCCAUUGUAACUGAGCACAUGGAAGCAAUGGUUCCUGAGAUACCAAGAGUGGUGCAACUUCUGGCAUCCCUUUGUAGAGCAUCUUAUUGUGAUGUAUCUUUUCUGGAUUCUGUAUUGUGUUUGUUGAAACCAAUCAUCUCUUAUUCUCUAAAUAAGGUGUCCAAUGAGGAAAGAUUAUCGGUCGAUGAUUCAUGUGUGAAUUUUGAGUCAUUAUGCUUUGAUGAGCUUUUCAAUAACAUCAGUCUGAUUAUGAACCAAGAUGAUUCCACAGCAAAAGAAUACAACAGAGGACUGACAAUUUUCAUUUUGGCUUCCGUCUUUCCUGAUAUAUCUGCUCAACGUAGGAAGGAAAUAUUGAAGUCCUUGAUGCUUUGGGCUGAUUUUACUGCAUUUGAGCCUACUUCCUCUUUCCACAAUUAUCUUUGUGCAUUCCAGAGUGUCAUGGAGAGCUGCAAGCUAUUGUUAGUUCAGAGCUUACAAUUCUUUGGUGCCAUCCCACUUAAGCUGCCAACUGAUGAAUUGCAUGACUGUAGUUCGGAGUCACACUCAUGGUUCCUCAGCGAUUUGUGGCAAACCUCACUUCCAGAUAAGAUCUCCGAGAACUUAGAAGGUUCUCAAGGUAAUAUUAUGAAUAAGAAGGCUAAUGUUUUAUCUCAUGAAGAGAUAGCAGAAUUCUCAAAGCACUUGGGCGAUCUCAUUGUUAAGCUUUUCUCCACACUUGAACUCUGUUGGAAUCUUCACCAUCAACUAGCUAAGAAAAUAACUAUUACAUGUACAGAGUGUUUCAUGUACUUAAAAUGCUUGGCAUCAACAGAAGAAAGCCUUAAUGUUGCUCAAGAAAAUGAUUCAGAAAUCUCUCUUCCAUCCAAGCCAGUUGAUGAAUUCCUUGUUUCUUGGAGCUUUGGUCUAGAAGUAAUUUCUGAAACUAUUUUGACCCUUCAAGAAAACAGAUGCUGGGAGGUUGCAUCCGUUAUGCUUGAUUGUGUGCUUGCAGUGCCCCUUAAAUUUGGCCUUGCCAAUGUGAUUGCCAUUAUUUGUUCUGCAAUAAAAAAUUGUUUGUUCAGUGCACCAAAACUUGUUUGGCGUCUACAGAGUCAUAAAUGGUUAUCAAUGUUACUCGCCAGAGGCAUUCAUUCUUUCAAGGAAUGUGAGGGUCCUCUCGUUAACUUGUUCUGUACAAUGCUGGGUCAUCCUGAACCUGAACAACGGAGUAUAGGACUGCAGAUUUUAGGCAAAGUUGUUGGCCAAGAUUUGAGUGGAGCAGCAGACCUACAGUCUUGCUUGUUGUACAGACAAUUAGUAGCACCUGACUUAGCUAUCUCUCUUUCUGAGUCCACUAUUUCUAGUAUCGUUUCAAGUACCUGGGAUCUGGUUGUUGUGCUGGCAUCAUCUGAUGUAUCACUACUUGUGAAGACUCGUGCAAUGGCACUUCUUGUUGAUUAUAUCCCAUAUGCUGAACGACGUCUACUACAGUCUCUCCUUGGGGCAGCAGAUAGUGUUCAUGGACUGGGAGUGCUUGCCCAUGCAAACAGUGAGGGACCCUUAGUGAGGCUUUCAUUAGCACUGAUAGCUGGUGCCUGCCUUUACUGUCCAGAUGAAGAUAUCUCUCUGAUUCCUGAAAAUGUUUGGAAGAAUAUUGAGACCCUAGCAAUGUCGAAAACUGAUGGCAGGCUGGGAGAUGUUGAGAAAAGAGCUUGCCAAGUUUUAUAUAGGUUGAGAGCUGAAGGUGAUGAAGCUAAACAGAUCCUAAGAGAAGUGCUCUCAUCAAGUUCUUCGAAACAAGUUGACCCAGAUUUUGAAAGUACUCGUGAAUCUGUUCUUCAGGUUCUUGCUAGCUUAACUUCUGCAAAGGCAUAUGUUGAUGUUUUCUCGAAUAAAAUUGACCAAGAGGUUAUGGAGGUGGAGGAGGCUGAGUUAGAGUUGGACAUUCUUCAGAAAGAUGUGUUGCAAGAAUCACUUAAAGAGACCAAAGACAAACACAAGAUUCCUUCCCUAAGCUCUCCUCGGAAAGAUAAUGCACGUCUGCAGCAAAUCAAGGACCACAUUCAUUCCUUAGAAAUGUCCAAGCUUCGUGAAGACAUUGUCACUCGCAGGCAGAAAAAACUUCUUCUGCGACAUGACCGUCAGAAAUAUUUGGAAGAGGCAGCUUUACGGGAAGCUCAACUACUUCAAGAACUUGAUAGGGAGAGAGCAGCUGAAGUUGAAAAGGAUAUCGAGAGACAGCGAUUAAUAGAACUUGAGAGGGCAAAAACAAUGGAGCUGCGACAAAAUCUUGAAAUGGAGAAGGAAAGACAAGCACAGAGAGAUCUUCAGCGUGAAUUGGAGCAAGCUGAAGCAGGUCUCCGUCCAUCACGACGCGACUUUUCUUCCACUUACUGUAGUCGGCCCCGAGAUCGGUAUCGUGAAAGAGAAAAUGGAAGAGGCGGUAAUGAAGGUAGUACAAGAGCAAGUAAUGUGCAGCUAGAGAGUUCUUCCACCAAUUCAUCCAUGGGGACGAUACCAACUGUGGUUCUAUCCGGUACCCGGACAUUUUCUGGACAACCGCCUACCAUCUUACAAUCACGUGAUCGUCUGGAUGAUGCGGGCAGUGGUUAUGAAGAAAAUCUGGAUGGAAGCAAAGACUCUGGUGAUACAGGUAGUGUUGGAGAUCCCGACUCUUUAUCAGCAUUUGAUGGUCAGCCUGGAGGAUUUGGAUCGGGCCAGAGGCAUGGUUCUAGAGGGAGCAAAUCCAGGCAGGUGGUGGAACGGAGGGAAAGGGAUGGUAGACGAGAAGGAAAGUGGGAAAGAAAACAUUUAUGACCUAUUUACUUUGAAAGGGUAGACUUCUUGUUUGUAGAUUAGGAUGACUAUCCUCUCAGGUGUAUGUUCUAUAUGCAUGAUAGGGUUGGAAAAGUAGUAUUUCCACUUAUUCUGAUCUCCAACAACAGAAAGGCCAAAGGGCCAAAAUGCCAUAAAAGGGCUAAAUUUAGCCCUGUGUCUAGCCCAUGCCAAAUCAAUUAGUGUCCCAAGUCAGAUUAAAAGAUAAAAACAUGUACAAUUAGAUUGUAUAUAAAGACAAGUGUCAUGAUAUUAAUGACCUAAAUCUCUAUUUACAAAUAUAAUUUAUAAAA